AUGCCUUCAAAUCUUGGCGUUGUGGAAAUCCCCGCCCUCGCCAAGGUGACAUGGGACUUAUACAACCAAUGUCAGGUCAUCGCGAAGGGUGCUCCUACAGGAUUUCAAAAGCUAGUAACUGAGCUGGGCUCUUUACAAGGAACUCUGAGCAACUUUCCCGACAAUAUGAACUCCAACGUAUCCUUCUUCGAGAAGAUGGAGAAUGAUCGCAAACAGACGUUCGAACGAACCCUCAGCACUUGUCUCGCGACCCUACAGCGAUUGAAAGAGCUCCUUGCCAGGUUAAAGGGAUCUGAAACCGGCGACGGAAAGGGGAUCUGGCAAAAGAUCAAAUGGGCCACACAAAGAACUCAGAUUGAAGAUAUCAGAUCCAAGAUCAUGGUGCACACUUGCAAUCUGAGUCUAUGUAUAAGCUCUAUAGGAAAUGCCUCGCUUGCUCGUAUAGAGAAAGCAAUGGUUCUGGCGAUGGAAGAAGAUGAACAGAUUGUUCUCAGCACAGAGGCAUCACCUGUUCGGGAUACAGAUUCUGUUGUCUCGCCGAUGAGCCCGGCCCGGGGUGUGGUGGUGGAGCUACCAGCUAAUAACGAAGAAGAAUGCGAAAUCGAUAUAAUCCAGGAAGUUCGCGCCAGAAUGUUGGAGUUGGCUAAUAACAGAAGCUCCGUCGGUAGCAGCAACAAUGUCAAACAUACAUCCACAUCCUCCGAAUCGGCAAUAACUCAAUCCGAUGAUUCGCUCUUCGAGGCUACUUCGCCGACUUCUUGGUUAUCCUUGAACACAUCACCAUUACUACCUACUGGGAGCCGAAUGAAUUACACACGGAUGAGCAGUGAGCAGCUCCUUUUUGGCGGCUCGAUUGAUGGUCGGACACUUGAUGGUGAAAUGUGGACGAACGAUUCUGACCUGGGGGAGAAGCAAGUGGUACAUCAUACUCGAUCCUACUCAGAUUCUGACUACGCCCAUCCUCACGUCAUUGAGGCCGUGACAUCUGCUAUACAACACCUUCAUGAUGUUCGGUACCAGGAGCAUCUCUCAAGGUCCAUACGCUUUGAGCCGCAGAACCAACUACAUAAACCAACCGCAGAAACUUUGAAAGUAUUUGAGGCAUCUGUGAAUGACGGGUUGCAGAUCACAAGGCUAACGACAAGAGAUUGGCUUCGCAUGGCGACUUGGUGGUUGUUGAAGGCGCGCACGACGUUGGCGAAUUGCAACAGACAUAACUAUGUCAGUGCCCGUGGUAGUCUGAGUCCCUCCAUGGAAUCCAGAUCGACUAGUCACCAAGCUUAUCAUGACCUCCUCAAGGCUUCAUAUAUUCUGUACGAUAUCGUUCUAGAGGAAGAGGCCUCUUCUUCUCCUUUGGUUGAUGAGGAUCGGAAGUCAAUUGUCGAGCUUUCUGAAGCUAUCAACGAGGAACUUUCCCAAUAUACUUCCGUCGACAUUCCCGAACUGUCGAGUCUACAUACCCAAAACCUUGCCCUCUGGGAGCCCAUGCAGCCGGAGGAAAUCUGGGAUGGUGCCAUCGAUUUGGAUCUUGGCUUGGAUAAUAUGCGCUGGAUUGCUGUCGAUCCAGAGGAUGCAGGGAGCGAACAGGAAAAGGUUUUGUAUCGCACCUUUGUAAAUGCCGGCAUCGGUGGCAAAAGUCUCGUAUGCGCACAAAGGGGGCUCCCUAUAUGCUCUUGUUGGCAACGCGGGAAGGGGAAAGCGAACCAAAAAUUGUUCUCUGCAACCAAAGUGGCACACUGUGUCUUGAACGAGACUGUAAUCGUACUGGAUGAUCUACCGCCCCUUAUCGAAUUAUCAAAUGCCACUUUAACUGGCUUUCCUGGUGCCCGAGUCUCAGAACCUGUGCCAUUCAAAUUUGCGGAUAUGAGUGUUUCGAUAUCAUUUCAGUUUGAUGCAGAUCUCGCACAAUUCAUCAAUAUCCCGAAAACCUACUUUGACGCUGUGUGGCAAAGAGAACCAAUUGAUGCAGCCGACUUUACCGAGAGCGUUAUUUUCAACACCUCGGUGGAUAUGUUCGAGCAGCUGAACACGCCGACCAUGAAAUCAAUGAACCCUCCUGUCGUGGUGAAAUCCUGCGAGAUGCGUAUUCUGGAAAGGUCUUUUGGGGAAGCCUGGCGGUCUAUCCGACGCAUGGUGAUCACUUCCUCUGCUGCCGAGAAGUCCCCAGGAACGAUGGAAUUAUUCAUGCCUCUCAGUGGAGCUCAGAUCAACCGAGGAAACAUGUCCCGCCAGGUGGUUUUGCAGUGGUCCGAUACAUGCCAGGCGCGAUCUGACAAGACUGAUGGCAAUUACAACACCUUGCACUCCUACGUGUACGACGACACUGCGCCAAAUAUUGGUGUCGGUCUGCAGUUUCACUCACAUCAAGAGGCGGAAGAUUUUCAAAAAGCCGUUCUAGAAAUGAACUUCCGUCCGGAGUUUUCCUGGUCUCAGCCCAGUAGCUCUGGUUUCACCUACAAUGUGGUUGAUGCAGGCACUGAACACAAGCAAUACAAAGCUGUGCUAGUAUUCCGAACUCGUUCAUCGUGGAGAUAUUCAGACUUGUACUAUAUUUAUCGUGACGCGGACUAUACAUACGAUCACUCCUCAUUCAGCAUCCAUUUCCCCCGCAUCUACUGCACAGACUACAUCUCAACGCAUGUUGACCAGCUCUACCUCCCAGAAAGCUAUGUCACAUUCUCUCAUUGCGACAAAAAGACCACCCAGACAACUAUCGAGUUUGGCGACGAUCUAGUAGCUCGCACAUUCCUCAGCUCCCUCUCUCCUCUGUACGAACUCCUCUAUUCCAGACGUAUCCAGUCCCUAUCACCGAAAAACAAUUCGCUCUUUGGGUUCCAAAUUUCCGGAAGGAGGAGUGCCAAUAUACAGCUAUGGCGUCGGGGAACGGCUUUCCAGCUUGCUGCACGAUGGGAUGGCUCCGUACCGGACAAGUGGCUUACCAUGUCCGUUCCAUCCGAGUUCAUCGAUUUCUCAAAAGACAAUACCCGGCUCACCCUUCCUCGUCUUCCGUACUUUCGUGGCAUAACACUUGAUAUGAUGAAUGUGAUGGCUCGGAGCCCUAAGAACUCCAAUGCCAAAAACAAAGAGGGUGCCAUGUCGAUUUCUUUUCAAACAAGCGAAGAUCGAGACGAGUUUCUGGCUGUAUUACAAGGGCAGCAGUUACCGAAGUUCCUAUAA